AUGAUUAUGGAAAGGCGGGGCUUAGGAGCAGAUGGUCGACCCUUCAAGCACAAAGAGCAUCCAGUGCGUCACACCCCUAGCAUCCAGUGCGUCACACAAAUCCCAGCAAGGAAAGCUAAUCAGCAGCAACGAUCAACAAUAUUGCAAUACUCUACACCUCACAAAAGCAAGCCUAAGGCCGCUCCCAGCGCCCCCUGCGACACCUCCCAGCACCCCCUGCGACACCUCCCAGCGCCCCCUGCGACACCUCCCAGCACCCCCUGCGACACCUCCCAGCGCCCCCUGCGACACCUCCCAGCGCCCCCUGCGACACCUCCCAGCGCCCCCUGCGACACCUCCCAGCGCCCCCUGCGACACCUCCCAGCGCCCCCUGCGACACCUCCCAGCGCCCCCUGCGACACCUCCCAGCGCCCCCUGCGACACCUCCCAGCGCCCCCUGCGACACCUCCCAGCGCCCCCUGCGACACCUCCCAGCGCCCCCUGCGACACCUCCCAGCGCCCCCUGCGACACCUCCCAGCGCCCCCUGCGACACCUCCCAGCGCCCCCUGCGACACCUCCCAGCGCCCCCUGCGACACCUCCCAGCGCCCCCUGCGACACCUCCCAGCGCCCCCUGCGACACCUCCCAGCGCCCCCUGCGGCACCUCCCAGCGCCCCCUGCGACACCUCCCAGCGCCCCCUGCGACACCUCCCAGCGCCCCCUGCGACACCUCACAGCGCCCCCUGCGACACCUCCCAGCGCCCCCUGCGACACCUCCCAGCGCCCCCUGCGACACCUCCCAGCGCCCCCUGCGACACCUCCCAGCGCCCCCUGCGACACCUCCCAGCGCCCCCUGCGACACCUCCCAGCGCCCCCUGCGACACCUCCCAGCACCAGACAUUUCAUAACGGGCUGUCUCAUGAU